AUGCCUUCGAAGCCGUCCUCGAAGGCCGAACAGCCCGCAGAGGCCCCGGAGGUCACGGAGACAGCGCCGGUGGAGGAGCAGAAUGACGUUUCGGCCGACGUAGAGGACCUGAACCGCACAAUGUCGUCCAUGAAGAUCGAGGACCUCGUCAAGCAGGACCCUAAGUUUAUUGAGAGAGCAAUCAACGGCCUGGACAAGAUGAUGGACAAUAUCACGAAGCGGCGGAAGGACCGGGAGAUGCAGAUUCAGCGCGACAACCACACCAUCGAGGGCCUGGACAAGGAGAUCUCGAUGUACGAGGAAAAGCUGGGCAAAGUCAAGGCAUCCCUUGCGGAGAAGCAGGCAGAACGGAACAGGUUAGCAGCGGAACUUGCGACGUGCACCGGGUCCAUCAGCUCCACGGUCCACAACGCCGAGAGCGCGUUUGCGAAGGCGCGCCUCCUGAACCGCAAGAUCGCGCGCCAGACGGCCUCGGACCGGCUGGCCGAGUCGCGCGGGUUCGACGCGACAGUGCCUACGUCGGUGCUCGUAAAGACUCGCGGCACAGUGACGCGGCCACCGCCGCAGGCUGGGUCCUCGCGCGGGUCCUCGCGAGCGCCCUCGGUGGCCGGGGCGUGA